CAGGCUUAAUGGCCUUAUAUAAUAAUCUCAGUCUCUAAUGUCUCUUAAUGAGAAAUAUUAGAGAACUUUUCUUUUAUUCAAGAUUUAUUUAUUUAUUUAUUUUUUUAUUUAAAAAAAGGAGCUUUGUAUGUGAUAAUUGUUAUCAACGGCUGUGAGGGGGUCAGACACGGAAACCUGCCUCCAUAUGCAUACCUGAGCAGCAAGUGUAAAAAUGUAGGUGAUUACAGGAAUCAGGAAUAAGCAAGGCUGCAGUGCGUUAGAGCUGCCUCAAGAGAUUAGUAAGAUAUAACCACGUGUUAUAACCAAGGUUUUACUCAAUGUUACUCAACGGGUUAGCUUGCAGAAAAAGAUUUUAGCAAUGUUCUUUACAUCCACUAAAUCUCAUACUGCACACGCACACACACACACACACACACACACCCAUGGCAGUUCAUAGCAAUGGAAUGCACAGAUAGGUGAACUGGUUUGGUCAGUAGUUCAUACACUAAUUAACAUAAAUACAAAGGAAGUACACAUUCUACACAGACGGUUCGAAGAUAAACACACAAAGCAGUGAGAAGAUCAACAUGGGAGCAAGAGAUAAAAGUAAAAUCACCAAGGAGGAAUGAAAAAAAAAAGAAGACAAAAGAAAAGUGUGCCGUAAAUGGAUAUUUCUGAAGCCACUGUUUCUGCAGUCGGUUUCUCGCUUCCACCUCCCUCAUAUACUGAAGCUAUACUGAGUCCACAGCCUUCAACACCACCUCCUACUUAUGCGGAAGCAGUGGGUGUCCUUCCUCUGCAGUUGGACAAUGCUGCGUCUCCUUAUCCUAUCCUCAGCAUUCCUACAGAGGUCAUGCCCGUACAUCACACACAGCGAGUGUUUGUUCAGCCUUCCCCCCAUCAGGUUAUUCCACAGCAGAUGUUGGGUAGGACACUGGGUGAUGCUCCCACUGUGAUUAAUUGCCCGCACUGUCUUCAACAAAUUACCACCAGCGUGUCUUAUAAACCUGGAAAUGCAGCAUGGGCCAUGUGCUGCCUGCUUACACUGUUUGGAAGGAACGAUGCAGCACUCAGAAUACACAAAGCCACAGCCUGGUGCACAUCACACAGCAGUUUAGUGACUCUGGACUUGACUGAGAUUUGACUUGGGCUUGAGGCUCGUCUGUGGAUGUUGCAUUAUUCCCUGCUGCGUGAAAGAAUUCCAGGAUGCGCAUCAUUCAUGUCCGGCCUGUAACAGAUUCUUAGGGAUACACGUUCGCUAAAACACACACACGCACACACACACACAGUUUAUUACCAUCAUUGUAUUUACAUUGAAAAAUGAUUUGUAGCUAAUUUAUUCUAUCCUUGGACUUAAAGCAAGCAAUAACGUCAUUACUGAAAUAGAAAUCUUUCGGAUCAUGAUCUGUAAGAUUAAACUGAUAAAUGUGACGUGCUCAUGCAUUUUGUGUGGAUGCAGACAGUAGAAGCGUUUGAUGUGUUAAUGGGCGUAGAUAAAUGUAAUAAAUAAAUUUAUUCAGUUUUCCUUUGAGAUAAUUAAAGUAACAUGCUGGUAACAGUGGAAACUAACGUCUUAUGAAACGUCUUGAUAAACAAUACAUUUUCCUUUAUUUAA